CAGUAAGAACGAAACUGAAUUGAAAAUUUUACUUCUCACUUAUUUUUCGAUUAAAAGGAUAAUUCAUAAAACACAUUGCUUUAUAUUUUAGAUGAGAAUAUUAUUAAACUGGCUGAAAAGCCAAUAGACUGCUAUGACCUCAGAAUAAAAGGUCACAAUACUAGCGGUGUGUAUACUAUAUGGCCACGAUGUCGUCUUUCGUCCUGUAGAUCUCUUGAAGUAUAUUGCGAUAUGGAGACGGAUGGAGGAGGAUGGACGAUUAUACAAAGAAGAGGAAAAGGAUUUAGUUCUCCUGAUUCCUUUUAUAGGGAUUGGAAAGAAUACAAAGACGGAUUUGGAAACGUCAAUAAUGAUUAUUGGCUAGGUAACGAGAACAUAUUUUCUCUAACCAAUGAGGGGCUUUAUUCAGUUCGAUUCGAUAUCACAGAUAAAGAUGGAAUAAGCCGCUUUGCUCUUUACGACAUAUUUGCAAUCGAUGAUGAGAACAAAAAUUACAGGAUACACAUUAAAGGUUAUAGCGGUGAUGCAGGAAUGGGAUGACAGAUAUCGAUGGUCGCCCUUUCUCUACGAAAGAUAGAAAAACUGAUGAAGAUGUUUCAGAACAUUGUUCAAUGACAAGGAAAAGCGCUUGGUGGUACAACGGAUGUACCUCUGUUAAUCUGAAUGGCUUGUACAUGCCUGGAGUUGAUGAUAAAAAGAGCAUGUAUUGGCACAAGUGGCAGUCCUAUGUAGGAAUGAAAUAUUCUACCAUAAAAAUUAGACCCAAGAAUUUAAAGAACUUCAUUUAGAAUAUUGUUCCUUUUUACAAAUGAUGUCAUUUUAAAUUUACUUAUUCUCAUACUUAAUUUUGUCUAUAAAUUUUGAGUUUACUUGGUAUAAAGAAAAUGUAUUUUAUAUAAGAGAAAUAAAAACAUUUUGUAGUGAACUAAUAAA